AGACUAAAGUGUUUUACAAAAACCCUCACUAACAACUUUUUAAAAGACUUUAAAGAGCCUUGGUGACAGUUAUUGCAUAUUGCAAUAGCAUUACCUGUCAGUUUAUCAAGCCAUUCAUCAUCUGAGCUUUGAUUAGGACUCCACCUAGUGGACACAAUGUUAACAUACACCAAACAGAAAAUAAAAAGUCAGUGUCUGGGGUUUGAAUUUACUAUUUCUACAUCUUCUGAAUUUUUAUUGACAGAGUUAAGUAGGUUUAAUAUAGUUGUAAAUGAGUUUAAGCACGUUAAAGGAUUUUCCUAGAGAAUGAAUACAUUAUUUAUACAUCACCCCUUUUCUGCAGAAUUUCCUUUAGCCAGAGUGUGUUUGUGUGCUGGUGUUUGCCCGCCUCACUGGACGGCCUGUUGGAGACUUGGCAGCAGAUGAGUGCGUACUUUGAGAGACCAGCCUGCCGUGAUGCUUGACUCCAUUCAUCCGUCUUUGCUUCCACGUAAAAUCUGAUGAAAGGAAGUCCUGUUCAGUUUCACAUUCAGCCGAGAGAUUCCAAGCUGUGGAGGCAUUUGACUUAUACUUGAGCGCUCAUACUGCAGGUGAAAAUUGCUCAGAAUAACUUUUGGUAUUUCUGUCUUCUAAUUUUAUGUCGUCUUGAUAUUUAUUUUUGCUGCACUUAACAGUUAAAAAACAUGAAAGUGAUCUUCCUGAUGGCUAUUUUGGGUGGGGUUUUUGCUGCCCCCGUCAUGAAGGAACAAGAGUCAAAGCAGUUCAUCAGGCUGAAGAGACAAGCAGGAUACUGGGAUCCACACCACUCUCAGAACCAGUGGGGUUUCACCAUUCAGGAGCAGGCAAAUGAGUACUGGACCAGCCUCAGGACUCAGGCUCAGUACUACAUGGACAUGGGUAACAUGGUGUUUGAUCCCUCUGUUGCUGAUGAAAACAGAAGACAAUACAUGGAGAUGUUACGGCACGCACAAGCUCACCUGGACAUGAUGACCCGUCGACAGAGUUAGAAGAUCAACAUAGGAACUCAGCAGAUUCCACUUUACGCUGUUGAGAUGAUGGGUUUCCUGAGUGAAGCAAACCUUUUAUUGGUGUGUUUCACAAAGAUAACUGUCAGAAUUAUAUUUGUCGUUGUAAGUUUUAGUAAAAACUGACUCAACUGGGAUUUCAGCCAGUUUUUCCUGCCUUGUAGUCAAUCGAUUGUAUCUAUUUGUUAAAAAUAUGUUCAAUAUUAUUACAAGAAUUAAAAAUAAUAAAGAUAAUCUUCGUACACAAAGAUUUGUCU